AAUAUUGUUGGUACCGGCCAGCGUCAGCCCACUGGCCAAGCAGUCUGCAAAGUUACCAGUAUUGCUUUCCCAAUGCAACAAGUGAUGGGUGCAGGUACAAGCUUUUAGGGGAACUUAGUCGCUGCUGCCCUUUUCCACGUUGAAAUCUUUAUUAAGGGGCGGAUCUAGGCGGAGGAGAGCCCGUGGCCGGUGUUGCAAACGCUGGGAGGUGGAAUAGAGUGGGAACACUUGGCAUUUGUGUUGGAGACACCGCGAGGUUCAGAAGGAGGAGCGAAGAGAAGCCAGACCGUACAACAUCACACAUCCAACAAGCAAGAUUGGUGGUAGCUUUCCCUCGCCCCCUUCGUGAAGUUCACUUGGCAGCGAUUCACAGCGCCGUUCCGCAGCCCAGCGGCUGUUAAAUCGCCGCAUUCUCUUCACUGCGUGUUCAUUCUUCGUCUGAUCCAACCUUGUGGGUUAGCAAAGGUGCUACUUCACCAAUACUCUCGAAGAAGAAAGAAUCGUUUGAUACCUCGAAAUGGAGAGGAAGGGACAGUCGGAUUCUAAUGUGCUGGCGUUUGCAGAGGGUCAACGCUGGGUUGAGGAAGUUACUGGAAAGAGAUUUGGGCAGAAAGAUUUUCGAUCUGCACUGGAGGAUGGAGUCCUGCUAUGCGAGCUGGUUAACAAGAUAAAACAGGGCGUCAGUAAAAGGAUCAACCGCCUGUCUACACCUAUAGCUGGUUUGGACAACGUAAAUGUUUUCUUGAAGGGCUGUCAGAAAAUUGGCUUGAAAGAAGCACAGCUGUUUCACCCAGGAGAUCUACAGGAUUUAUCCAGUCGCGUCACUGUCAAGCGUGAAGAAACUGAAAGGAGACUCAAAAAUGUUCUGAUCACAAUAUAUUGGCUUGGUAGAAGAGCACAGUCUGACCCUCAGUAUAAUGGACCAUACCUUGACCUCAAUGCGUUUGAGGGGCUGUUAGGACAGACGCUGACCAAGGCUCUUGCAGACUCGGGAAGUUUGAAUCGAAGUGGAAGAGACAGCGGGUACUGUGAUAUCUGGUGCGCGGAGCGGACGGAGCCAACAUCGCCACAGUUCACGCACAGAAGAGACGACUCAUUCGAUAGCUUGGAUUCACUUGGGUCAAAGUCUCUCACGAGCCUUUCAUCAGACGUAACUCUAAAGGAGAGUAGCGAAGGUAUCCUGUGUAUAAGUGAAACGUUCUCCUUUUCUGAUUUAGGUGGUGGGAGUGAUAUUGAGUCCGAAGAUCUGAGCAGCAAGUGGGUGGAUGGUCCAAAGAACAACAUGUCGCUUCACAGGGUCUCCACAUCCGAAUACAAGCCCGCUCUUCCCUACAACCAGUUCCUGCCAACGAAAAGCAAGCCUGCAACUUAUGUGCCUGCUCCGCUGAGGAAAAAACGUGCCGAAAGAAAUGAGGACAAUAGAAGAAGUUGGGCCAGCCCAAUGUUUACUGAAAGUGAUGGAUCAUUUUCAAGUAGAAAAGAAUCAAUCGUAAAAGAAGAAGAAGUUGCUGAUGGCAUUUCCUCCAAAGGUACCUCCGCCAGAGGUGAGAAUGGAAUGCCUCAGAAUCUGGAACCUGUUUGUCCUGGGACUGAUUCUGGAUCAUUUAGCAUGAGAAACGAGUUUGAUCCUGUGGUGGAUGACUUGGUGCACUGGAUAUCUGGUAAACCUAUUCCAUUUGCAAGGCAUAAACUUCAGGGACUGGAUAAAACCCUACCCACACAGACCCAGCAAGCUGCUUCCUUGUCCAGUCAUGUCACCCACUUGAUAGAAGACCAUGAGAAACCACGCAGCAACCAGCUUGGAGGGUCUGCUGCAACUUGCCUGUCACUUGGAGAUGAGUCCUCUUCAGAAGAUGAAAUGGGUGUCAUUCCAGACAUCGAAAAGGAUGAUCUGUAUGCUCGCAAACUGAACCCAGUAGGAGCAGGGCCAGGUGCAACACAUGAUAGAUUUCUACCAAAGUAUUGGACUCCCGAGGGAGCAGAGGGAUGGAAACAGAUACAGUUGGGGUCUCGGCGAAGGCCAUGGUAUAAACAGAUUCAAUACAUCAGAAAGAAGCCAUUUGAGUUUCCAGAGGAUUUAGAAUUCGAUACCAAUCACUGCUCCCUCAUCAAAGGCAGCCCGGAGCAGAGUAAAAUGACUGGCUUUGAAAAUUGCUGUAGAAGCGGUCCACAGCACCAUGUACAAAAUGUUAAAUCUCAACCAGUGAAAUCCCAAGGACAGGCAGAAGGUGCCGCUCACAACUUAGUUGAAACAAGACUUCUUCAAAAGUCAACUGAUAAUGAUUCAGGGAGUAAAUCGCUCAAUGAUGUGUCUGCUGAUGAAGGGGAUAAAAUGAGAAAAUCUCUUAGAUUUGAGGAAUUGCUGAAAAUAAAGCAAGCUAUGAAUGAACAGGACCAGCAAUGGCAGAAUGAUCUGGCAGGUUGGAAGAAUCGGCGUAAAAGUGUUAACUCCAGCCUACAGAAGAAGAAAGACGAGAGAGAAGAAAUUGAGAAAAUGACAAUCGGAGAGAGUCUCAAAGCAACAAAGACAUAUCGGAAAAUAAGGGAAGAAAGGGAGCUCAGACACCAAGAUUCAUCCAGUGACAACCAAACUGACUACAGAAAGCUGAACUCCUCUGAUGAAGAAGUGUUUGUAGAAGAAAGAAAACCCCCGCAUCGAUUGUACGAAAGAAGUCACACAGUGGCAACUGAAACCCCUUUCACCUUCCAGAAACGUGAGCCUGUAUCCUCAGCACCCCCAGUUCAAGCUCCAGGAAGACGGCCGGCACCAGAAUCGAAAAACACCGUCAACAAUAUGUCAGAAGGGCAAGGCUCACUUCCCUUGUAUAUGCGCCAAGCGAUUGACCAUAAAGCUGACCAGACUCGAGUUUCAAGUUCUCUGCCCAGGAAUUAUCAAAGAUCGAGCGUGUCAAGAAUUGCUCCGGUGGUUUCCCCGAGACCCUAUGGGACACAAGCUAAAAAGCUCUCAUCGCUCACAAGGCCAUACCCACAGCGGGAUGAGCAACCAAAAUAUAAUGGAGAUGUGAAUGGUUCAAAACCUUUCCAGGCACCCUCGGGCUUCCCCUUCAAGUCUGAAUCUGCAGCACCAUUGGAAAGUAGUGGGCUCACGAAAAGAGAGUCAGAGGGAGGCACGAGGCUCAGUCCUUUCUUGAAAACUGAGGAGAAGAGGUCUGAGGAGAUUACCCUUGCCUCCGAACCAGAGAAUUACCAGUACACGAAGAGCAAUUUUUCUUCCAACGUCGAAAGUGACAUGUAUCUAAGGAGCAACUAUUCCUCAAAACUGGAGAAUGAUGACCAAUCACAGGGCAGUUCUUUAAUGAGUAGUAAUGAGGAGGAGGGGGAAGAAGAGGAAGAAGCAAGGAUGCCAUCUCUCAGUGAAAACAACUUUCCUCAUGAGUCAAAGGCUGACACCACUUCCAACUCUGCAACAAUGAAUUAUUUUACAAAGGCAACAAGCCAGCCCACAAACACGGUUACCACAGCAGCCAUGCGACAGAAGCCGUAUAGUGAAACACGCAUAGUUAUUAAUCAGAAACCAAACGGUAAUCAAGACUUUGGAUUCACAACUGAUUGGACUGCCACCGGUGUGACUGUCAAGACGAUUGAAAGAGGAGGACCAGCAGAAUAUUGCCAGUUGGAAGUGGGGAAUGAAAUAAGUUCAAUCAAUGGCAAUAAUGUAGCUAACAUGGACAAUCAGGCUUGGUUAGAAGCCUUGGAAGAUGCAAGAAAAGCUGGAAAAUUGAACAUGGAAGUCAGAAAAUAUGAAAAUAACAGUGCAAAUGAAAUGAAAUACAGCAUCUCCAAUGAACCUAUUCGGUGGGAAGCUACUGGACCAACCAUGAAGACCAGCAGAAGUCAACCCUUCAAUCAACUACCAGAUCUUCCUCAAUCAGGAGAAAAUGAGAAGAAAUUACCGGAGGAUUCAACACAAAAAGCUUCUGAACCCAUUAGUCUGAAAAACUUUAAAAGACGAUCCCAGUUUUUUGAACAAGGUAGAACAGAAACAGCAGUGAAUGAUCUACAAAUUCCGUCAAUUAGUGUUUCAAGUCGUUGGUCUUUGAAUCCUGAGGAGGAGAGAAAGCGCCAGGAAAUGUGGCAGAAGGAACAGGACCGAUUGUUACAGGAAAAAUAUCAGCUUGAGCAAGAAAAGCUACAGGAAGAAUGGAAAAGAGCCCAGAGAGAAGCUGAACAGGAAGGUUCCAAGUACUAUGAAGAGGAGCGCAAGAUACUACAAGAAACAAACAGCCCACGGUCAUUCAGUGUCACGGAUGGGCCUGGUGAAUCCAGAAACAAAUUAUCCUCCCGAAAUUGGUCCACGUCUUGGGAUGAUCAGGACACCGAAGAAGAGCUGGGGGACGAAGAAGAUGAUGAACGCCAAAGUGAAGCCGAGACUAGGAGGCAGGAGGAAAUCCGGCUGCAGGAUGAGAGGGAACGUGAGCGCCAAGAAAAAGCAGCCCGCCGUGAACAGGAGAGAAAACUGCAGGAGGAGAGGGAACAGCAGCGUCUGGAGCAACAACAACGAGAGCUGGAACGACAGAAAGAAGAAAGAAGGCAGAGACAGCAGGCAGAGGAGCAAGCAUGGCAGGCAGAGGCAGAAAGAGCGAGAGAAUUGCAACCUCGAUGGCCUAAAUCAAAGUCCACCUCUGAGCUUGAUGAGGAUGUGCCUGUGCAAAAACAGGGUGUAAAUGUGGGAACAUUGGGCGAAGUAGCCCAGCGGCUGCUGGAAGAAGAAAAACCACACAGGAGUUGUGCCAAGUCCCAAGAUGUUAUGCGAGUUGAAAUGGAAACUGAGAGGCUGCAAAUCCUCAACCAGAUGAAAUAUGCUGACCCAGAGCGAGGGGACCUGAAGAGUAGAGUGUCAGACAGUGCAUGGAUUAAGAAUGAAGCACCGCCGAAAACCUCGCACCAGAAAGAACAGCCCCUGACGUAUGCUGAGCAAGACCGACAGAAAAUUCUGCUGGAGAUGCGCAGGAAGACCCAGCUUUUAAAUGACAAUAGCUGGAUCAGGCAGCGUAGUGCCAGUGUUCUGAAUAAGGCUCCAGUUAUCAAUUACGGAUUCAUGAGAAGAGGUGAAUCUUUGGAUGAUUUAGAUACCACGAGGACAAAUACAUGGGGAUCAACCUCCGAGCCAGUGAAUUCCUCAGAAAAGGAAUCAAGCUACCACCCAGUCUCCACCUCAAACCGAUCCUACAUGCGUGCUCCAUCUUCAACACUGCCACCUCCAUCCACUGGAUCAGUGAGAACAGCUUUAUGGUCCAAGAACCCAUCUGCGCACCCAAAUACUCAGUCCCUAAUAACUCAAGGCAGCAGGUCAAUAAGUGGAAAGAAGAUCUGUACAUACUGUGAUAACGCUCUGGGCAAAGGAGCUGCCAUGAUCAUCGAAUCUCUUGGUCUUUGUUAUCAUUUACAUUGUUUUAAGUGCAUCUCGUGCAGUGUUGACCUCGGGGGCACAGAAUCCGGAGCAGAGGUUCGAGUGCGAAACAACAAUCUCUUCUGCAACGCCUGCUAUACCCAAUAUAAAGUUGGGCAGUCCAAUUGAGGAACCUCCAAGCAAUGGAAAGAUACCGCAGUGAGUGGAAGAGGAGAAGCAACUUGGCUUGUGAAUGGGGGAAAAAAAUUCUCUUGAUAAUCAGAGUGUAACAAAUGACAUAACUCAUUGGAAUUUAAAAUUACGUUUUCAUCGCAGUUGGGCUAUAAAUGGGGUGAUUGCUCAAUUAAACAAACCUUUAAUUUAUAAUGUAGCGAUACUAUCCUGGUCAUCGAACUGACUGCAUACACAGCAGUGGUUACAAGUUGCAUUCUGCUUCCAAAGUUUGCCUUCAUUGAAACUGUCGGAGCUCCACUGAAUGCAUCAGCACGUUUGUAAUCUCUGCUAUGUAUGUGCGUUCAGUCCAUGCACAUUAUUGAAAAUGAGUUUCUGCCCCCCUCUACUUAUGAGCAUAGCAUGUACAGAAGCUAUGGGAAUGCACGGUGUAUUAUACAGGAAAUGUAUUGGUGAGUUAUAAUGUUUAUUUAUCAAACUGAUGAGCUGUUAGUUUAUGGUGCAAGUAAGGCAACUGCCUCUGUUCAUAUGGCUACUUGUAGAAGGCAAAGUUGUGUGGUUUAUAUACUUCAUAUUCUACUCAACAUUUAUGUUCUGAUACUUUUCAAAGAUCUAUGUAAUUAUUCCAAAACGUUAUUUUUAUCUCAACAUGUAUAUCUGCAUCUUCAUUCUCAUUCCAUAAUUAGUCGACUGGAAAAAGCAUAAUAUUUUCUAGAAUGAGGGACGGGUAAGCAAGACGGGGCAAGCAUGUGUUUUUUUUGUACAAAUCUUGAGCAGUCCUUCUAUGUUAAGAGCUUUGAUGUGAAAUCAAAAUCUGUGAGAUUUGUUCCUGGCUUUUUUGGAAUUAAUGGUAAAAAUAUUUUGCAAAAAAAA